AUGUCCCUGAAGAAGGAGCGGCUGAUAACAGCGGAGAGUGAGGAGGAAGUGUGUCUCUCCACAAAGAAGAGGAGCCAAGAGGAGGAAGAGGAGAGAGCCAGGAUCAAAGAGGAGAGAGCCAGGAUCAAAGAGGAGGAAGAGGAGAGAGCCAGGAUCAAAGAGGAGAGAGCCAGGAUCAAAGAGGAGGAAGAGGAGAGAGCCAGGAUCAAAGAGGAGGAAGAGGAGAGAGCCAGGAUCAAAGAGGAGGAAGAGGAGAGAGGCACACAACUGUUUGUCCCAGAUUUUAUCAAUGAAAUUAUGCCAUCAGCCAAAGAGCCCUUUGAUCCCAAAGAAGAGCCCUUUGAUCCCAAAGAAGAGCCCUUUGAUCCCAAAGAAGAGCCCUUUGAUCCCAAAGAAGAACCUUUUGAUCCCAAAGAAGAGCCCUUUGAUCCCAAAGAAGAGCCCUUUGAUCCCAAAGAAGAGCCCUUUGAUCCCAAAGAAGAACCCUUUUAUCCUAAAGAAGAGCCCUUUGAUCCUAAAGAAGAGCCCUUUGAUCCUAAUGUGGAGCCUUUUGAGCCCAAAGAAGAACCCUUUGAUCCUAAAGAAGAGCCCUUUGAUCCUAAAGAAGAGCCCUUUGAUCCUAAUGUGGAGCCUUUUGAGCCCAAAGAAGAGCCCUUUGAUCCUAAUGUGGAGCCUUUUGAGCCCAAAGAAGAACCCUUUGAUCCUAAAGAAGAGCCCUUUGAUCCUAAAGUGGAGUCUUUUGAGUCCAAAGAAGAACCCUUAGAUCCUAAAGAAGAGCCCUUUGAUCCUAAAGAAGAGCCCUUUGAGCCCAGAUGGGGAGCAGACCAUUGUUCUGACUCUGAUGAAGACUGGACUGUACUGAGCAGCUGCUCCGAUGAUGAAGACGAGAUGAGCCACAGAAACAACGCGGCUCAAAGCUCGGCUCCGUGGUCCACGUCUGCAGCAGGGACCAGCGGAACUAGGACAUACAGAGGACACACAGGAGAGAAACCUUACGGCUGUUCAAAGGAGCGACUGAGAGCGGAGUGUGAGCUGCAGAGGGAGGAGCUGGAGGAGACUGUGCGCGUGAAGGACGACCCGGAGGACCCGGAGGAACCCAACACGGAGCAAUCUGUCCCGGCGUUCGUCUCUGUGUGUGUGAAGUCAGAAGAAGAGCCCUUAGAACUAAAAGCAGAGGAGCCACAGGGAGAAGAGCUCAGGGCAGAACCACAGUCCGACUCAGAGACCGAGGGAAACACAGACCAUUCCUCGGACUCUGAUGAAGACCGGAGAGCUCCAUCUGACAUCCGAGAUUCCGAGGUUCAUGAACGCAACGCGGUGACGUGCGCGCUCCUGUUUGGAGGACGUCUGUUUGUGGUUAGCCCUGUGCUAAAGCUAAAGGGCUGUAAACAUGUCCCUGAAGAAGAACAGUCGCUCCACAGAGAAGAGGAACCAGGAGGACAGAGCGAGGGUGAAAGAGGAGAGAGACACACAACUAUUUGUCCCGGAGCAAAUCUCUGUGGGUGUGAAGUCAGAAGGAAAGGAACCACAGAGAGGACCACAGAGAGGACCACAGAGAGGACCACAGAGAGAACCACAGAGAGGACCACAGAGAGAACCACAGAGAGAACCACAGAGAGAACCACAGAGAGAACCACAGAGAGGACCACAGACCGACUCAGAGACUGA